AUGGCUGAAACAUUUGUGUCAGAUAAAGUUCAACAUGUGAAUCGCAGCAGCAGCUGUGAACUCCUGCCACCUUUUAUGUCAGAGCUGAGGGUUGUUCUGCUAGGGAACAGCUGGUCUGAGAGGAGUUCAGCGGGGAACUUCAUACUGGGAGAGACUGUGUUCAACACUGAGGAAGAACCAGACUGCUGUCUGAGAGAAAGAGGACAGUUGGAGGACAAGAGAAUAGUUGUCAUUAACACUCCAGAUCUGCUGCUUCCUGACAUCUCUGAACACAAACUAACAGAACAUGUAGAAAACUGCGUGAGACUCUCCGAUCCUGGACCUCAUGUGUUCCUGCUGGUUCUACAGCCUGAAGACUUCACUGAGAAACACAAACAGAGACUCUGCCAAGUCUUAAAAUUCUAUAGCGAUCGAUCAUUUGAUCAUUCACUGGUUCUGAUUUCAACACUCAGACAGGAGAGUUCAAGUGUCAGGAAAAACUAUGACUUAAAAAACAUCAUCAGUAUUUGCAGAGACAAGUUCUUCUGGAAGAAGACCACUGAACUUCCUGAGCUGCUGGAAUGCUUGGACCAAAUUGUGAAGGAGAACCGAGGAGACUAUGUGAGCUGUGAAGUGUUUGCAGAUCCAGCAUCUACCAUCAGACCAACAUCUGGACACAUCAGACCAGCUUUAAACCUGGUUCUGUGUGGGAGGAGAGGAGCUGGGAAGACUUCAGCAGCCAAGGCCGUUUUAGGACAGACAGAGCUUCGUUCAGUCUCCAACUCAUCAGAGUGUGUUAAACAUCAGGGAGAGGUGUGUGGACGUUUUGUUUCCCUGGUGGAGCUGCCUGCCUUGUAUGGAGAAAGUCAGGAGGUAGUGGUGGAAAAUUCAUUCAGGUGUAUCUCCCUCUGUGAUCCUGAGGGCGUUCAUGCCUUCAUCCUGGUCCUACCUGUGGCUCCCCUCACUGAAGAAGACAAGGGAGAGUUAGAGACCAUCCAGAACACUUUCAACUCUCGAGUCAAUGACUUCACCAUGAUUCUGUUCACUGUGGAGUCAGAUCCUAAAGCUCCAGCUGUUGUUAAGUUUCUAAAAGAAAACAGGGAGAUCCAGGAGCUCUGUCAGAGCUGGGGAAGAAGAUGUGUUGUUCUCAACAUCAAGGACCAGCAGCAGAUCCCAGAGCUGUUGGAUUCUGUGGAAAGGGUGAGGGCACCUAAGGGUUCACCGUGUUCCUAUACAACAGAAAAAUUAACAUAUGCCAAAAAAGAGAAAAGCAAUAUCACACUACACACUGAACCUCACGAACAGAAAACAAUGACAACGUUUAGCUUUGAUGAUGAGAAGCUGAGCCCAGAGUGUCUCAGGAUUGUGCUGAUAGGGAAGACCGGCAGUGGAAAGAGUUCUACGGGUAACACCAUUCUAGGAAGUAAAGAGUUCAGAGAUGGAUCAAGCCAAACAUCAGUCACCAAACGCUGUCAGAAAGCCGAGACCAAAGUGAACGGUCGUCCUGUCGCUGUGGUCGACACUCCUGGUCUGUUCGACACAACUUUGUCCCAUGAAGAGGUUAAUGAGGAGAUGGUGAAAUGCAUCAGUCUUUUGGCUCCAGGACCUCAUGUCUUCCUGGUGGUGUUAGAAAUCGGCAGACUCACAUCAGAGGAAAAAGAGACAUUGAAACUCAUCAACGAUGUCUUUGGAAAACAAUCUGACAAAUUCACCAUCAUUCUUUUCACAAGAGGAGAUUCACUGGAACGUGAGAAGCGGUGUGUUGAGGAAUACAUUCAAGAACAAUGUGAUGAUUCCUUUAAGAAACUGAUUGCGGACUGUGGAGGAAGAUACCAUGUGUUCAAUAACUAUGAUGAACAAAACCAAAUGCAAGUUAUUGAGCUGAUAAACAAGAUUGACACCAUGGUGAAGGAAAAUGGAGGCAGCUGCUACAGCAAUGACAUGCUGCAAGAGGCCGAAGCAGCUAUAAAAAAGGAGUUAGAGAAGAUCCUGAAAAACAUGGAAGGAGCAAUACAGCAAGAGCGAGAGGAACUCGAAAGACAACAUGGAGAAGAAAUCAAAAAAAUGGAAAAAAGAAUAUCAGCAAAGUGGGCAGCAACUGAACAGGAAAGAGCAGACAGAGUUAGACACCUCAAAGAAAUAGGGGAAGAAAUUAACAAGAAGUGGGAGAAGAGAAAGAAAGUAAAAGCAAAAAGCAAAGAAGAAGAUAGACGGCAAUUACAACAGGAAGAAAUUGAACAACGAGAAUGGAAAGAAAAGAGUAACCUUUUGGAGGAACAAAUAAAAAUAAAUUCUGCAUCUGAUGAAGAAAAGAGAGCUGAGCUACAUCAGAGUAGAGAAGACAUGAGAAAGGAACGAGAAGCUCAGGAAAGGGAACAAAAAGAAUAUUGGGAAAAACGCCAAAGAGAAAAGGAAGAUAGAGAGCAGAAAAAAAGAAGUCUCAAAAUGAAAUUUGAGCAGGAGAGAGAAAAACAUGAAAACAGAAUAAAAAGUGAAGAUCAAAACAGAAGAGAACAGGAGAGAAAUGGAAAAAAAGAGUUAGAGGAAAAAUAUACCAAAAUAAUGGAUGAUAUGAAGAAGAAAUAUGAAGAGGAGGCUAGAAAAAAAGCAGAAGACUACAAUGAAUUCAGACAGAAAUACAUCAGAAACUUUGCAGGUCUGAUGGAAGAGCAUAUGGAAGAAAAGGAGGCACUGAAGCAAGAGCACAGCAAGGAGUAUAAACUGCUAGACGAGCUUUCUAGUCAUAAAGAAACAAUGCUAAAAGAAGAACUCAGAGAAAAAGAAAGAAAACUCAAAGAACUGGAGACAGCACAAGAGCAACUAAUAAGUGGUUUAAAAGAUAACUAUAAAAACAACAAAUGCAUCAUCCUCUGAUAACUGCUUCUCAAA